CUCUUUCGAGCCAGGUUGCAGCUUCCGGCAACUUGACCACAAAGCCAGCCGGGUUUCGCAUCGUUGAUAAAAAUCACCAUCGCGUUGAAAGGAACUUGCUUAGGUAGGAGAUGGCAAUGAUCAACUGUUAUGGACUGAUCACUAGGCAGCUUCUGGAACUGUUAUUGAGCUUAGCUUUCGAUUACUUUGGAAAAAUGGACUGGCCUGUGAAGCAGUACGAUAGGCAAACACCUUGUUGGCUCCGCCUCCUGGACCCUGGCGGCGGAACAGGCCCUGACAACAACCGUCCAAACCCUACCCGCACCCCAUCGUCAUCGCUUAGCGCGCGGGACUGGCAAUCCAGCGGAAGCUUGGCGGUCCGGGCCCAAAUCCGCCAGAUUGGAAAACCAGUUGAAUUAAUCCGAACCUUUCUUGACUUUAGCGCUCAGAAUUUGAGGAAAGGAUUGCAAUCAAAGCCUGAUGCUUUCUUUUGGACGCCGGAAUGGCAGUUGGAUUUGAAUUUCAAUCGUCUCAAAAGAGCCUUUUGGUUCCUACUUUGUACUGCCAUUACUGUUCCCUUGAUGCCACUGCCCUCUAAUUUUAGGGGUCAUCUGGACCCCGAAAACCUCGCCCCGGGAUAUCCUCAUCCUAUGGCUUUUCUGCUUUCGGUAUCAAAGUGAAAGCAACCACUAUUGCUUUCCCUUUGCCCAAUUUCCUGGGCCUUCUAUUUUCAGCAUCGCGUCUAUGUGAUGCUUUCGGGAAGAUCACCUUUGCUUUUCACCGGCUCGCGGGCUUC